CUUCUCUUUUCAUUUCUUCAAUUUUAUUCUCUCAUUACUCUCCCAAUGCCAAUCAAAUUCUAGAAACUUCUUCUUCUCUCUUCACCUUCAUCUUCCAUUUCCAUCUUUACACUAUACUGUAACAAAAUAUCAUCAAACUUGAAUUUUUCUUCCAGUUUCUAUAGUUGAAUAUGAUGAACUCUGAGGUUUCUGAUAAGCUCAAAAUUUGUGAUGAUGGUGAUAAUGGCAACUUAUAUGUUAAGAAGAGGCUGUUUGAUAACAGUGAUUCCUUGCAUAUUUCUGUUAAGAAAUCAAAGGUGUCAUUGUGUGAUGAUCGCGAUGAAUACGGAGAUGAAGAUGGUGAUCUGUCGUCGGAUAGAGCUAAAAGGCCGGGAAAAUCAGUUGAUAAGUCAUUUUCCUCGUUGAAGAACGAAAUUGAGUUUGUUGAAAAAUCAUAUGAGGAAUGUAAAAGGAAGAGGAGAGAAGAAGAGAAGAGAUUGGAGUUUGUAAAGAGAGAGAUUGAGGAGUGUAGCAGAGAGCUUGUAAAUAAGAAGACGCAAUUUAGUUGUGUUAGAAGAAUUAACGAAGUUCACAGCAAACUGCAGCGGAAAAUUGAAGGAUGUGUUACGGAUUUUUUAGGGAAGGAAUCACAACUAUGUUUGAUAGAGGACUUGAUUGGAGAGCGCAAGCAAGAGCUUAGGGUAAAAGAGAUAGAACUUGGUCAAGUCGUGAAUAACAUUUCAAAAGAGAGGGAAUUUGAUAGACGACUGGAAAGCCAAAUGAAGGGGCUGUUGGAUGAUUUGUUGUUAAAACAGAAGCAUUUCGAAAGGCGAACCAUGGAGCUUGAGUUAAAAGAGAAGAAACAUGAAGGGCUAGUGAUGAAAUGGCAAUUAAAAGAGAGAGAGUUUGAAGACCAGGUGAAGGAGUUGGAAACUAAAAAGAAGCAUUUUGAAAGCCUGUUGAGGGAGCUUCAGUCCAAAGAGAAGGAAAAUGAAAGUUGGGUGAAAGAGCAUGAAUCAAGAGCAAGAGAAUAUGAAUGCCUAGUGAAGGAGCUGUUGGAUGAUUUGGUAUUAAAACAGAACCAUCUCGAAAGCCGAACCAAGGAGCUUGAGUCAAAAGAGAAGCAACUUGAAGGCAUAGUGAUGAAAUGGGAAUUAAAAGAGAGAGAAUUUGAUGGCGAAGUGAAGGAGCUGGAAUCUAAAAAGAAGCAUUUUGAAAGCCAAGUGGAAGAGUUCCAAUCGAAAGAGAGACAAUUGGAAGGAAAAGUUAAGGAAGUUGAUUUUAGAGAGAAACUACUUGAUGGUCGAGGGAAGGAGUUUGAUUCAAAAGAGGAUGAAUUCGAACGCAGAGUGAAGGCGCUGGAAUUAGAGAAGAAGCAACUUGAUGGCCGAGUGAAGGAGUUUGAUUCAAAAGAGGCUGAACUCGAAGGCCGGGUGAAGGAGCUAGAAUUAGAGAAGAAGCAAUUUGAGGGCCGAGUGAAGGAAUUUGAUUCAAAAGAGGCUGAAUUCGAUGACCGGGUGAAGGAGCUGGAUCUUAAGAAGAAGCAAUUUGAUGGCCGGGUGAAGGAAUUUGAUUUAAAAGAGGCUGAACUCGAAUGCCGGGUUAAGGAGAUGGAUUCAGAGAAGAAGCAACUUAAUGGCCGAGUGGCGGAGUUUGAUUUAAAAGAGGAUGAAUUUGAAGGCCGUGUGAAGGAGCUGGAAUUAGAAAAGAAGCAUUUCGAAAGCCGACUGAAGGAGCUUGAGUUAAAAGAAAAGCAAUUCAAAGAACAGAUAAAAGAGUUCGAGUCAAAAGAAGAGGAGUUCAAAAUUCAAGUUAAGGAGCUCAAUUCAGAAGAGAAGCAGUUUGAAAGCAAAAUCGAGGACUUCAAAUCAAAAGAGAAGCAAUUUGAAAGGAAAAUUGAGGACUUCAAAUCAAAAGAGAAGCUAUUUGAGGAUCGAUGGAUAGCACUGGAGUCAAAAGAGAAGCAAUUUGAAGGACUAGUAAAAAAUCAUGAAUCAAAGCUGAAUAAAUAUGGGGAAAAAGAAUCAGCUACAUCUUACAUGGAUGAUGAAUCAAGUCCUCCCAUUGAUGAAACAAGUUUGCAGUUGGUCUCCUGUGAGCAAUCUGACACUCUAGCUAUUCUGAGAGAAUUAUCGGAUCCAGCAAAAUGGAUUUUGGAUACAAUACGGAACCCCAUUCUUCCACUUUGUGAUGAGAAAGGAGACAAUGAUGUGAUUAUUGAUGACAGAUGUAUCUAUCUGCUAGAACAACUGAUGAAAAUCUCACCAGAUAUUAAACCUCGUGUAAGAGAAGAAGCAUUGAAGCUAGCACUUGAUUUGAAAGCAAACAUGAAAGAAAAUGUUGAGAAUUCUUUGGUGGUUCUCGGUUUUCUACUGAUUUUGUCAAUUUAUGGAUUGGUGACUUCUUUCAACGAAGACGAAGUUUUGGAGCUUUUUGCAUCUGUUGCUCAGCACAAGAUAGCUUGGAAGCUGUUUAGAACCCUGAGUUUUGCAAAUUAAGCUUCUGAUUUUGCUGAGAGACUUAACAGGAGGAAGCAAUUUAAUUCUGGUCUCAGGUGUGCAUGUUACUUGACUUAGAAGAAUCAACUAGUAUUGUGCUAAAAAACUUAAUGUAAGGAAAUGUGGUAAUGAAAACAUGCUAACAUAAACAGUACUUUUGUUGGGUACAUAUUUUGACAGGACUAUGUUUCCAGCUCUUUCAAAUAUCUAAAUGUAAAGAAUGA